AUGUUUCUCUUGGGCACGCUAAUAAUCGUUUUUGGGACGCUUGUGGCGGUGCUUCUUUUUGGAGACCAGCCUCGGUUCAGAGGAACCUGGCUACAUCGUCUAUAUAAGGCGGUGAACCGGGCCAAUGGGAACGCUGCUCAUUGGGUGGUCGGCUUCACCACUGGGAAUCCUAUAGUCGGGCUGGUUUUGCGGUGGCUGAUUCCGCUAUUUUAUGUGGGGAUUAUUUGUUUCUGUGUGAAUUUGUUCUUCGCCAAUGUGUAUGGACAACUCCCGGUUCUGAUCAAGAACUCCAUCCUGUACAACUUCUGGAUCGCUGUGUCUAUUGCAGCUUUGGGAGCGUCAACGGCAUUGGUGACGUUUGUGGAUCCUGGUAGAGUCACUGCAUCAAACGUUCACCAGGCCACGACAAUAUUCCGGCCAAACGGUCUCAUCUUCUUCGAUAAACAGUGCUUCACUUGCAACUUGCCCAAACCGGCUAGAUCGAAACACUGCUCCACGUGCCACAAGUGUGUUCUUUUAUACGAUCACCACUGCCUCUGGGUGAACAAUUGCAUUGGCCUCCGGAACUACCGCUGGUUCUGUGCCUACCUCAUUCUGAACGUCAACUUGAUGGCUUACGGAGGUGCUCUCUGUUUCUGGAUGCUUCAGGCUCAGAAGCAACAGUAUCUGCAGCUCGGCUGGUGGAAGCUUAUCACGAGUACCACCGACCAAAAUCGCAUAGCGGGCAUUUUGGCCAUUCUUACAGCCAUUUUCGUGCCCAUCACUUCAGUAUUCACCGUGUUGCACAUUCGUUACUUGUACUUGGGCGUCACCACCAGCGAGGCCGACAAGUGGGGCGAAAUCGAGCACCUUGUGCGUCUUGGCGUCUUGUUUUAUAUUGUAGAGCUCGAGCAAUUUGCCGAACAGGCCACCAUGAUUGACCGGAAGGGCGACUAUACCAAAGCUUAUCUUGCUCUAGACGACGAGAGCAUUUUGUUGACUGCUGAAGAGGAGCCCAAAUACACCCUACGGAAGAUCUCACUGGUGGAGCACGAUUUGGUGAAUGUCUAUGACCGGGGGUUCUGGAACAACGUCCAGGACCGGCUCUUCAGGAUACCGUGGACGACCUAG